GGUGCAUGGGAACUUUAUCCUCUGUAAACUUGAAACGGGGGAUUUCGUGGCCCAAAAGCGUUUCAUCUUUUGUAAAACGGAAAGAAGGUAAGAUUCGGAGACAGAGCGUCAAAACCCAUAUGGAAAUGACACCAACGCCACACCCACUCCUCACUCUCAGCAUGAAAACCCGCGAAACUUCUAAGGAGGGUUCACGACAAUCUCACACAUAACAUACGCCGCAUUGUGCUUUUCAGUUUGAAAAUUCAAUGGACGACGUUAGGGCAAGCUCUGCUUGGGUCGCUAGCCGCUCCUCCCACGUACUCGUAGACUCAGCAGGAAUUGAGAAAGUGGUGAGCACCAUCGAGUCCAUUCCCAAGGUCGAAUGGGAUUUCGAAGGGAUUCACUAUUUUGAUAAUGGACCACUCACCGUUCAGUACUUGUUAGUGUUGGACGCUUUGAAUUUUUGCUUCUGGCCUGAUAAGGAGUUGAGUUAUGACCAUUUGGCAUCUGGGCUAAAGGAAGUUCUUCAAAAUGAUAAAUCUGCAUUUGAUGCUGAUCGUCUGCAAAAAUACACUGGUCCGCAACUUCGGGAACUUUUGAGGUGGCCUAGACCCCUCCCUUUGGAAGAUGAACGUGUUAGAUUACUUCAUGAGGUUGGGAUUGAAUUAGAAAGAAAUUUCGAGGGAAAAGCAUCCAAUCUUGUGGAGUACUGUGGAAAAUCAGCUGUGAAUCUUGUUGCUCUUGUUGCGCGUCAUUUUCCUGGAUUUAGAGACCACUCAGUGUACAAAGGUCGCCAGGUAUUUUUAUAUAAAAGAGCUCAGAUAUUUGCAGCAGAUUUAUGGGGUGCAUUUAGGGGCCAAGGAUAUGGUGAGUUUAAAGACAUCAACUCUCUAACUAUAAUGGCAGACUAUAUUGUCCCAGCUGUGCUUCGGCAGCUUGGUAUUUUAAAAUAUAGUCCAACACUUGCCAGUACUAUUGAGGCCAGUGGAGAAAUAGGUCCAGGAACCGAGGAGGAAGUUGAACUACGGGCUUGCUCUAUACAUGCUGUGGAGAAAAUGAGGGAGCUUAUAAGUGUAAAAUCAGGAAAACAGGUGCUUAGUGUGGAGCUGGAUCUUUGGCUCUGGGCUUUUGGUGUUAAUUGUGCUUCUCUGCAGCACCACCGAACACUUUCCGUAUAUUAUUGAGCACAUGAUAUAUGGUAGUAACUCCUAGUUAUCUACAAUUUAGUUGUAGAACAAGAAAAAUUAAGUUUUGGAAUUAGCUUUUGUAAUUUUGGAAAAGGAGGUACCUAACCAGGUGCCUUCAAAAUUAAUUAUGAAUGAUCAUUGUAUUUGAAUUUAGCACCUUAAAUAGUUUACAGGGUCAAUGAUUAGGUUCAUGACUGUUUUACGAUAGCCAGGGUUGCAACAGCAAUGGGGGAACUGACUAUUCCCGAAAAUGUUCUUUCACAAGGGCAGUUGGACAGCAGAAGGUACAUAAGCCUUUAACAUAUAACAAUUAGCCAUGGUUUGCAUUUCAGUGUCGAGGUGCAUAAUCUGCAUUUGAUAACUUGCAAUGGAGUGAUGUAAUAAUAGACUUUAUCCCUUUAUCUUGUGGGAGAGUUUUGGGGGGACUGUUUCAUGCUGAGUACAUAAACCUCUUCUUUGUAGUACCCAAACUUGGAUAGGUAGUCAAUGGCACUGAGUACUGCUCGCCUGUACGCAACACUUGCAUCCAGGUAGUGUUGCCUCUCACUUUCUUCAGCAUUGAUGCCCCAGAAAACCAAACACUCCAGAAGAUCGAUUCAACAAAGCCUAUAUCAAGAAUUAGGUUGACAUGAAUGGGAGUUGAUCCCGCUGAUGCAAGGUACUCUUUCAUU